GACGAAAAUGGCAGGAGGAAGGGAUUUGGCUUUGUCAGCUUUUUUAAGCCCUCAGGUGCUGCCAGAGCGAUAUUAGAAAUGAACGGCAAGGAAGUCGGUGGAGCAUGCCUGUACGUGGCACAGGCUCAGAAGAAGGCUGAAAGAAAGAAAGCACUGGAGCAGCG